AACCUUGUAUUUAAAUGGAAAUGGAUGCAGGAAGUAAUGGUACCUGUUGGGUUUUAAAUUUUGAAUUUAAACGUGAUAAAUUAUACAUAUCUGGCUGCCUUACCUGAACAAAUGUAAAAAUGUGAGGUAACUACAAGCCAACCAUUUAAAAGGGUAUUAAUCUGCUGACCUCUAAAAUUUUCAUAAGGGGUUUACUAUUACCAAUAUGGAAAUUUGAUAGUACUCGUACAGAAAAUUUUGGAGGUAGAAACUAAAAAUGGAUACUAUUCUCUCCGAAUUCAUUGCACGUACAUCUGCAGAUCCUGGAUUAGCCAGAGAUCUUUUGGAAGGUCACGAAUGGGACUUACAGUCAGCUCUCUCUGCAUUUUACGUGCUUAAAGGCAUCACUCCUGGACCAAAGCCAAAAGAAUCGGCUGCACUGCCUAUUAAACUUUCAGGGGGUCAUAAACAGCAUUUAGAAGAUACUUAUGUCUCCCCGAAGAAUUUGCAUCAGAAGGACUCCUCACCUGACAUAGAUGAGUUGGGAGGGAAAAGAUUAUCUCGAGGAAUAUCAAGAGCUACCGAAAAUGUUAAUUUAGUUUCAAGAGCACGUAGUAGAUUAGCAAAAGAAUUUGUAGCCAAUGUGUCUGAAAAGAAUCAAGUGAUGGUUGGAUUGGAAACUCCAGUUUAUACUUUCUCAUUGCCAGAUUUAUCUAUAUAUCCUACAGAUUUUAGGGAAUUUCUUGAAAAAGAUCUAAUUGAGACUUCAACUUUAGUUUCUUUGGAAAAUGCUGGCAGACUAAAUUGGUGGGCUGAAAAAGGAACUUGUCAAAGAUUGUGGCCUUUAGCAACAACUGGAGAUGGAAACUGUUUGCUGCAUGCAGCAUCUUUGGGUAUGUGGGGUUUUCAUGAUCGGCUAUUAACUUUGAGAAAAGCUCUGCACAACCUGCUCUCUAACAGCACUUUUACUGAAGCCUUUUAUCGAAGAUGGAGAUGGCAGGUUUCCUUGCAAAAUAAAGAAGCAGGACUUGUUUACUGUGAAGAAGAAUGGAAGAAGGAAUGGCAGACUUUGUUGAAAAUGGCAUCAACUGAACCUCGUUUACUUCCUAGCCAGAAAAGAAAUUAUUGUGAAAAUUCAGGCAAAAGUGCUUUGCUUGCUGUGCCCGAAGAAGAUAUUCAACCUGAUAUUUAUGAAAGUCUAGAAGAAUUUCAUGUCUUAGCUCUAGCCCAUGUUUUGCGUAGGCCCAUAAUUGUUAUAGCAGAUACAGUAUUAAAAGAUGUGACUGGAGAACCUUUUGCUCCUAUUCCGUUUGGUGGAAUUUAUUUGCCUUUGGAAUGCCCUCCUGCAGAAUGCCUUCGAUCCCCAUUGUGUCUGACAUAUGAUGCUGCUCAUUUUUCUGCAUUGGUUGCAAUGGAGAAAGAAGCAUAUGCAGAUAAAACUCCUCAUCCACCUGCUGCCAUCCCUUUGAUAGAUCCUGACCACAAGCUCCUACCUAUACAAUUUGCUGUAGAUCCAGGUAUAGAGGUCAGAUGGGGUCAAGAUGAAAAUGACCCCCUCAUAAUCUCUAAGUUAACCCUUACAGACAAAGACAAACUCGGUCUCCUCAAUGAAUAUUUGGAUGUCAUCGAUUUGCCCGUGUUUGGCAUCCCUAAACAAGAUUCUAUUGAUUUCCAGGAGGAAGAUUCUAUGUCUAAUAGCACAGACAUAGACAGAAGCUCUGCAGCAGGAAGCUUUGACUCAGAUGACAGCAACAUAGAUCGUGGAUCUGGCAGUUCUAGUCCUGGAGGUCUUUUGUCUCUCCAAAGAAGUAAAGCCACCAGACAAUUGCAGAGUGUUGCCAGGCAGUUUGGUAGUAUCGGUAGGACUAUGAGCAAAAAAAUAAAAAAGAAUUUUGGCAGCUUCACUCGGAGGGCUUCUUUCAGAGGUACGCCUGAAAGCAAAUCUGUGGACUCUCUUAAAAACAAGAAGACUAAAGAGCCUUGCCUUUCAAUACGUUUGUCUGCUAGUGGAAUUGUGGGUACUCCAGACAGUAUCAUUGCAGCUGUUAUUCAUACAGAUAAUAGGCAUGAAUAUCAGGAGGAAAUGAUACGUAAUUAUUUGAAUUCGGCAAGAUGCCGAUUCUUAAAAGAAAAAGGGAAGAGACGGCAAGAGGGUCCAUCAGAUAUUAAGAUUGACCAGCAAGAGCAUCUUUCACAAUGUGUAGUGCCAGGCUGCAGUCUGUAUGGGACUGCAGAAACCCGACACAUGUGUUCUAGUUGCUACAAUCAGCAGAAAUCUCAGGUGACUGACAGAUAUAGGAAUUCACCUCCCCGCCAUCCAGAAAGCAAUAAUAUAUCAAGUGCUGAUUUUGAACUAAGAAAUACUUGUGACAAAGUGGCCUUAAAUUCAAAAUCUUCACCCAAAACUGAUGGUGUAGCUUCUUCUCUGAGUAGGUCUCCUAGAAGCAAAGACACAUGUAGCUCUCUACCAAAUGCUGUCAAGUCAGCUUCAAAAGCAAAACUGCAUCUUAGCACAAUCUAGAUGCAAUCAAUAAAAAGCCUUAAGUGUAUCAUAUGUAUAAUUGUUUCAAAGAGUUUAAUUCUCCCAAAGAUUCAAUUUAUAAGUCACUCAUUUGAAGUGCACUGAGUAUUUUUUUAUGUUGUAAAUAUUUCAUUCUAAUAACAUGGUUGUCAUAUUUAUGCUAAACAUGUCAAGAUUUUUCAGAUGAUUAGGAGAUAAUUUGCAUCACCAUAUUUUGCAUAAUCAGUAUUAAAUAAUCGCUGAAAAAUGUUGUUCAUGUUUUUAGAGUAUUUGUUACAAUGUUUAAAAGUUUAUAUUACUUUGUGUUUGUUUGUUAUCUGAAGGCAUUAUUUUCAAUUUCAUUGGGGGCGGGAUCUUCUCUCUCAUGUCCAAAAAGUGAUAGACUUUUAAAUCACGUUAUGUUGCAUGGUGCGAAAUUAACAUCUUAACUCCUCCUCUUACUAUUGUUUAAACAAUUUUACUAUUGUUCAACAAUUUUUCUAAAUGUUAUGUAACAUGCUUUUGUUUUAAAUUAUUAAUACUUUUUACUUAAUGAGUUUGUUUAAUUUCAUCUAAAACUGUGAGCUUUAAGAAAGUAGUCUGUAGUGAAAAAUUCUGUCAAAAUUUCAUUGUAUUGAUGAAUACUAUUUUUAUUGAUUUUUCCUCUAAAAAAUAUGCCAUUCAAAUUGACCAAAUUCUUUAAAGUAAGAAACAUUAAAUUGUAGUUUUAAUAAUUGAGCCUGAUUUUUUUAGAUUCUUGUGAAAAUGUUCUUUUUAAAAUUUAUUAUUGAAAAUAGAAAACAUGUCACUUGCU